AUGAAUGGUUUACCACGAGGUUACUGCGAAGAUGUAGAGCCGCGUUUCGUCCGAUAUCCUUACAAGUCGGAUGCUAAAUGCAAAGUAAUAAAUAUCCUAGGAAACAAUUCAGAGCUCAUAAACCCUUCUGAAUACCGAGUAUUGGCUGGCGCGAUUUCCCUUGCUGAUCAAUCAGGAGACCGAAUUAGAUCUAUAGCAAAUUUUACAAUCCACCCAGAUUACACUGGAAUGCCAGCGCUCGUUAACAAUAUUGCUAUUGUAACAGUAGCUGCUCCAUUUCUUGCGGGCAUAGUGACACCUUUACGUUUACCGUCUAAUCCCGAUCCUGUUGAAUUCACUUUAUGUACUGUUGCUGGUUGGGGAGGAACUAAUACGAAUAAUCAAGCAAGCGCUCAAUUAAGGUAUUUUGUCACGUAUGUGUAUGGUCAAAAAGAGUGUACCAGAGUGUACAACAGUAUCCCGGGGAUAAAGAAUAUCCUGCCUUCAAUGAUUUGCGCGGUGUCUCACACUCUUCAGUCUUCAAAUUGCGCUGGUGACGAAGGAAACGCCCUUGUUUGUAAUAACAGACUUACUGGUGUGCUAUCUUUACCGGAUGGUUGCACUCAAUCAACUUUACCAGAAGUUUACACUAGAAUAUCCAACUACACUACUUGGAUCCGAAGCGUCUCAGGAUCAGGAUCCGUGUACAGUGCGAAUAUAUUGGCUUUGAUUGGAAUUUUUUCCUUUAUACAAAUCUAUUUUAGUAUG